AUGAAUGUGCAAGUAUUUCAUCUACUUUCACAAUCGUUUCUUUUUCUGGUUCUUCUACUGUACUACAGAAUUGAUAAUGCAGAAGGAAGGGUAUUUCUUGGUUAUCAGCCCCCUCCUCAACCACCACUGCUCUCUUCUAACGUAGUUCAACGCUCCGAAGACCCAGAUGUCUAUGGUCCUAAAAUACGUUCUUUGCACCAAACGCGUUCUCACUUUCACCCGCCAGCUCCUCAACCUGAAUUUGAAACAACCAAAAAGUUGCCGUUUAAAAAGAAGUUUUUGAUACACGUUCUCCUCUCGAUGCAAAACGAACAAAACAAUCAUAGUGACCACAAAAUUUUGAACAUGCUGCAUGAAAAGUUCAGAGAACAUGCAGGACCUUUUAUUCCUCAUUUUUUACACCGUGAAAUACGACGCGAUACGCUUAAAUUCUGGGGCGAGAAGACAAAGCGGGAGAAUUUUAAAACAACUGCCGGAAACCCACCCAUCGUUCGUCUGGACGCCGUUUUUGGAGCAAAUGAUCCUCAGGUCGAUUUGAGUCUUGAGAAAGCCAUUGAAAUGGAAAUUGAUGAAGCUCUAUCGAAUGUUUUGCUCAGUCUAGACAAAGAUCCGCAAUCGCCAAAGAUGGAUGUGAGUUUAAGAAAGCAACUUGAGGAAUCACUGAUUGAUGAAAUUUCAAAAAACUUGAGUGAAACACUAGAAGAGAGCGAGCCAGCGGGAAUAACAAGUGAAGAUCUUAGCAAAGCCAUUGAAGAAGGAUUUGAUGAAUUGGAAAAGGUUCCGCAAACAACUAGUACUCGCAGAGCUGAAUCUUCAACUAGCAGCGCACAAAUUUUUGAAACCGACUCUACCUUAGCCACUUCGGCCCCCAAGAGAAUCUGCACAACUCAGAACGACGAAAAGUUGAAUAUUCAAGCCGAUGUUUUACUUUUCAUCGAUUCAACAAGUUUCCUCACACGUCUAGAGUUUGCUGAAGCAAUUGAAGUGUUUUAUGACAGUCUCAAAAAUCUUCGGAAUGUUGGUUCAAAGGGAAUUCAGGUGUCGUUAAUUCAACUUCGUCAUGGAGAGCCAUAUCUCGAGUUUUCUUUUCAACGUCAUCAAUGCCUUGAUUGGCUUUUGGAAGACAUAAAGGAUACAACAUUUCUGCCAAGCCUUUCCGGAAAAGGGGGUGAACUUGAGAAGAUUGCUCAGUUUGCGUUCACCAAAUCAAGGGGAGAUCGAGAGAAUGCCAAGAAUCUGAUGAUUGUGAUUACUGCUGGACAACCCGAUCCGUCAUUUUUGAAUGAUGCCAAGAAGUUAAAGGAGAAUGAAAUCGAGCUUGUGAUCUUAGCAACACAAAAGGCCGAUCCAAAUCAAUUAAUUACACUCACAAGUUUCACCUCAAACAUAUUUGUUCUCCGUCAAAGAAAUAACGGAGAUACGAGUGCUAAAAUUGCAAGACUUAUUUUUGAGGAAGCUUCGCACAAAGUUAAUCCUUCAAAGGGACCGACCAAGUCCAAACCUCCUGGUAUACAACCCCCGGAAAUUCACACUAGAGUUCCUUCAACGACAUUGGAAUCCCGUGGAACAACAACUACACCUUUAGUAUCAGCUAUCACCACCGUUCCAGCUGCCAUUUCGACUCCCUACUUUGGUUAUACGGCGAUCGAAAGAGCUCAAAUAAAAGACGAAAACGAAACUUUGGUUUUGCCAAGCACAAUUUCUCAGGAGACGGAACCUUCAGACUCUGUAUCGCAACAAUCUUCAGAAUACGCUGAUGCCAAUAUACUUUCCACUGUAAAUCCUCUUGAUCAACCAAACAUUUUGCAACUUCAAUGCUUGCCUCAUGCUUUUAGGUUGCACUUUGAUUUACCGUUAAAGUUUGAAGGCUCGGUCUUCAUCAAAGGUCAUGAAAAUGAUAAUCGGUGCAGACAGGACAUUUUGUCAGCUCAACCUCGUCCCAUUGAAAUGUAUAUUGAUCAUGAUAUAUGCGGUGCCACCAGGACUCACUCACAUAAUAUCUCGUUCAUUACAUUGGAAGACAGAGCUUUUAUACUUCAAUGCUCACUGAACAUGAAAAAAGCGCAAUCACAAACAAUCUCCGCCGAUCUAAUGGUCAUUACAAAUGAGAUCACCAUCGGGCAAACAAUUUCUCUUCAAGCAGUUCCGCCAACUUGUAAUUAUUCAAUUCACAAGUCCAAUCCUGGAGGCGAGCUUAUCAAGAAAGCGAAAUUGGGCGAUUCCGUGUUUCACACGUGGAAAUGUGAUGCAAUAAAAGAGAUAAAUGACGAUUACGGAAUGCUAAUUCAUGAUUGCUAUGUUGGAUCCGAAUACAACAACCAAAUUCCUUUACUUGAUGCUGAAGGAUGCUCGACAGAUGGCGAAUUGAUCUCGGAAAUUGUAUAUGAUCAGGAAAAUCUCAUGGCUUAUGGCGAAACCAAGGCAUUCGCUUUUGAAAAUGGUUCCUCAUUGCAAUUUACAUGCAGUGUAACGUUAUGUUCAAAAGAAGAAAAUGGAUGCAAUGGAGUGACUCCACCGUCAUGUGCAAAGGAAGUACAUCCAAAUGAAUACUCUGCCCUACACGCAACAAGACGAGACACUGAAGCCAUCAAGCCUGCACUAACAAUGAAACUUCAGACAAAGGUUGGAGUAACUUCAUCAGCCAGCUUGACCCUCAAAGAUCGAAUAUCGCAAAUUGCUUGGAGCCCAGUUGCAUGGCUCUUGGGCUCAUUCAUGAUUUGG